CGUAACUGACCGCCCAGGUGAAAGACAUUGACGCCAUUUUUUAACACCGCCGACACCGAAAACCCGCGACCGCCCUGCCUCACGCCCUCAUGCCGGACAGAGGAGAGGGCACGGGAGGUCUAUAGCCGGUCACCCUCUCUGGGUCCUCGAUCCCGCCGUCGUGUCUCAGAUCUCGACGUCGCCCGUGUUUGUGGACCGUGUUUGAAUGCGGUGGAACUAUGAGCGCCACCUCCAUGGAAGUCAAGGCCUCCGUGGGCCUCGCCAACUCCCUGUCUAACGUCUUUAAACUGGCUGAUGUGACGGGGCUGUGUUGGGUCAGGUACACUGGGCCAACGAGCUCCACUCUGGAAGCUCCUCAGGAUGAUCCGGUCCUAAAGACGUAUGCACAGCUGCUCAGCGAGGGCUAUGCCUGUGCGUGGCGCCGACUCUCUCCCUCAACGGACGGUCAGACAGGAGAGGCCAAGGAUCUGUGGUUGUUCUACUUCACAGACCAGCCUGACCUCUCUACCAAACUCACUGCUGGACUGGAAGAGGCGGAGCGUGGUAACUGGAAAGAGGAGAUGACUAAAGAAUCGACCACGAUGCUCUACAGAGCCCUUCACAACCUCAUCGAGAGGUCGUUGCUGAGUGAGAACUUCUUGCCCCUGGGGAAGUGGUUUGCCAGACCAGACUCCUCAGUGGCUACUGAUGGGAGCUCCAGAGGCUGUUUCCUGUGCAGUUUCUCGUUCUUUGUCCACGCCCAUCUCUACGUGUGUGCGAGUGUCGACAUGCGAGCAGGCCCCGCCCUCCAGCCCCUCCUACCCUCACAUGUCAGUCAGGCUCUGGCUUCUUCCACCGGCCUACAGGUCAUCCUCAGCCCCAGUGGUCUCAAUGCGGUCAUGACUGGCCACAGCUACUCUCUCUCAGACUCCGGAAUCGACAAGAUCCUAGAGGAAUGGAAACUCUUCUUCCCACGUCGGUUCUCGGCCGACUCUUCCCUCGGUCUUCCGGCGGCCAUCGAGGUCGUUAUUGGAGGGGUGCGAAUGCGGUACCCCUCUCAGUUUGUUUUGGUCUACCACGGCGAGGAUUCGCUCCCCACCCCUCCCCCCUCCCCCCUGAACCAGGGAGAGGUCGAGGACACGGUGCAUGAAGUGUGGGAGGCCACGAGAGGAGGAGACACUGAACUGAAGUACAAGGAAGCCACACAGUGCCACUGUCAAGACUCCAGUGCCCAUAAGAGUAGCAGACGACAUUCAAGCCAGCUGGAGCCACUCCCCCUGAAGGCCCCGCCCACCCACCCCUCCCACCGGUUCGAGCCCUACUCUCGUCGCCCGAGAGCGCUGCCUGCCAUGACACCCAUCACCACCAACACACCGCAGCUGAGCGUGAAGAGGAAGCUGAGCAAGCCGAGUCUCCCCAUGUACAGUACGACGCCAGUGGUGUCUCCGUCCCUCCCUCCCUCCUCCUCCCCCCCUCCCCUCCUCCUCCACCUCCAUCUCCUCACUCUCUCACAAAGGAACUCCUGCACAAGUCCCUCUUCCAGCCAUCACACUGCAGUCGCCAUCUUCAACAGGGCAACGGGUGUUCCCUCUUACCUCGAAGCCUUACAACCCAUCCUGUGUGGCCCAGAUCUCCGGAGCCGAGGACACGCCCCCUUCCUCUGCCCACAACUACCGUCCCCUCUCACUGACGUGGACCAGCUGCCUUCCUCUGCCAGCCAGCACACACUCUCUCUCACAGCUGCAGCUGCCCUCAGUCAGAUCUCGCCACCAGACACGAGAAGGGUUGGCUCCACUCCCUGGCCACACCCUCUCAUCACUUCUCUCCCCGUCGCCACGACGACCAAACACACCCCUCACCAACCAACCCCUCCCUCCUCUCGUUGCCAAGACUACCACCAUCAAAACCAACGGUACCCAAGAUGAGAAUUUCGACCCCGGUCUUGGGGUACCCCACUCCAUCGACAGCCCCCUGAGUAUGACAGAGGAAGGAACCCUCCACUCUGGUCCCCCGGGGUCGUUUGGUCUGGGGUCGGAGGGGGGCGGAGUACCCGGGAGAGGGGGAGAGGAAGGCGGGGCUGGACGAGCUGCUGCUCAGCAAGGAGGCGGUGAAGAUAGACGGCAGUCUGGACCAGAUCUUUGAGGACAGCGAGGAGGAAGAGGAGGGGCCCUCAUCAUCGAUGCAGUUCAUGGCUGCCGGGUCCAUGAACGAGGGUUUGGGUGGCACUAAACUGCUGCACGCCACCAGACUCCCGACCACGGACCCAAUCGCCAUCUCCAAGAUCUACCCAACCCCUCCCUCUGUGGAGACGAGCGACAAGAGAUACGAUGAGCCGGAGAUGAUGGAGGAGAGUGGGCCCGUCUCCAUCUGGGAGGGGGAGGUCAGUCACAGCUGCUUUCUCUCUCUUUUUUCUUUUUUUAAAAUUCUACGCAGACUUAGUUAUAAUCAAUGUGUAUAUCUUUGAGUGAUGGUGUCCUCUGCAUUGUCUCUCUGUGUAUACAGGGGUCCGUGGAGGACGAGAUGAAUUUGGUUCCCCUGGAAUUCGCCCCCCUACCCCUUAGCCCACGACCCAAGCUACCUUUACACUGUAUAUACGUCAAGAAAGAGUCUCACAAACUGAUGGCAGCUGAAACAGAGUAAGACUGGUUCCCUGUUGGUUGACCACUCAUCAAGUCUUCUUUCUUCUUUCCCUCCUCUCUCCCGCUCCUCUCUCCCACUCCUCUCUCCCACUCCUCUCUCCCACUCCUCUCUCCCACUCCUCUCUCCCACUCCUCUCUCCCACUCCUCUCAGCACGUGUUCCUCGAGAUCUUCAUCGCAGCAAGUUCACCCUCAGAAGUUCAUCUUUCCUCCUCCUUCCACGCUCACCUCUCGCUCUAAGAUAGACAGCUUCACGCUCCCUCUCUCCUCGCGCCAUCGCUCCCCCCGCCUCACAAACCUCACCUCUUCCCCCGCACUUCUCUCUCACUCCUCCUCCAAACCCUCCUCCCAGUUCCUCUCGGGCGUGGCAACCGCCUCCACGCCGAUCCCGUCACCGUUGGAAGCGGCCACGCCCACUCCAAUCAGCGUCCUGGCGACUGCCAACCGUCUCGUUCCGGUCCUCCCGGAGGCCCACGCCCUCUAUGUGAACCUGGCACUGUUGGACUCGGCUCUGGCUCUUGACCACUGGCGGAGUCCCUCGUUCACACAGCGCGCGUGGAGAGCUCUGAUGCAGAACGAUAAAUCUGAUCGAUGAGCGCAGUCUGUAAGCAGCUCUCGGAGACUCAAGCUGGACAGUGUGGCGGCUGUGACCUCGAUCGUGAAGGUCCUCUGGUCAGUUCCGAUUUGGAUGCCUCUGUGCUCGACUUUUUCGAGAGAAGGCCCGAGAGAGUCCGAAGGAGAGAGGGUCGGAGAGUUCAGCUGGAGUGAAGAUUAAGACUGAGAAGGAUGCAGCUGCUCAGGACGACAGAGCUGAAAGUGAGCCCAUUCGUCUGCCUCCAUUUGUUUCCCGACAAAUUAAGUCUUUAACUUAAUUAGUGCGAGAAGUGAGUUUCAACUGGUAGAAAUUUUGCUCCAAUAUAUGCGGAAAUUGUUCAAACUGUGUUGUGAUGCGCGUGUGAAAUCCAAAUAUCUCGGACCUAUAGCAGUAAAGUCUGUAUGUCUGUCCUUUUUGCUUUCAAAUAAGUUAUGCACCACAAGGUUUGCUUGUGAAUGCAAUAUUAUGUGCUAAAAGAAAUGUGAAUCAUUUCUUCCCAAUCAUCUCUCUCUCUCUCUCCAGUCUUUCCUCUAGUGAGUUUUCUUGAGGUCAUGCAGGAUUACGCCAUGCACCUCUGCCUCACCGCCAGACACUCCGAUGACUCCGCCCCUCAGGGACACACCCACCUCAUGGGUCACCCCGCCCACCAGUCCUCGUUGGGUGGCGGGG